AUGGGGAAAGCAACUAGUGUCAAAGACGUUGAUCAGCAUGAAAUGGUUCGUCAUAUUGCUCAUUUCUUAAAAAAAAGUGGUAAAGUUAAAGUACCUGAUUGGUCUGAUCUUGUGAAAAUGGGAAGUUACAAGGAACUUGCACCUAUUGAUGUGGAUUGGUAUUAUACCAGAACAGCCAGUAUUGCUCGUCGUCUUUACAUUCGCUCUCCAACAGGAGUUGGUGCAUUACGACGAGUUUAUGGUGGAAGUAAGAGACGAGGUGUAGCUCCCAAUCAUUUUUGCAAGGCCUCAGGGUCAGUUAUUCGAAAGGCACUGCAAACAUUGGAAGCUAUCAAAUGGGUUGAAAAACAUCCAGAUGGUAACGGAAGGAUACUUUCUCGUCAAGGACGAAAAGAUUUAGAUCGAAUUGCUGCACAGGUACGCCAAAAUACGGCAGAAUUGGAAUAA